AGAAAGAAAGAAAGAAAGAAAGAAAGAAAGAAAGAAAGAGGCAAAGGGACAGCAAAGUAUUACAAGCUGGAAUUUAGGACGCUCAUUCAUUCCUAACACAUAGUGGGAUCUGCUCACUGCCCGUCAUGUUCUCUUCGACGAGAUCGGGCAGGAUGUCUCCACCUGCUUCUGAUUCAUCUCGAACCCGAAAGUAUCGACAGCCAGGCAAAAUGGUGCCUGGUCGUCUGACACGAUCUCGCAUCUUGACUUUUCUUACCGUUUGCCUUCUCAGCAUAUGCUUGAUCCCAUCUCUACGCUGUGCCAUUGGAAUCAAUGCCGGAUCAGACUCAUGCUCAGAUUCUCCAUCCAAAAUGGCCAAGGACCUCUUUCGAAGUAAUCAUGCUUCGUCUGCACGUGCUUGUGGAAUAUGCGAUGUUGCUCCAGCAAUGUGCGAGGAGUAUGGAGUCGCUGGCAUGCGCCGUGCUAUGAGCUACAUGGGCUCUGGAGAUCGUGUACAACGUUUCAUCGUGAAAGCCAAACAGGGCAAAGGUUUCAACGUUGGCGUGUUGGGCGGUUCCGUUUCCAAAGGAUUCGGUCUUGACUGGACCAAUACCGACAACCUGCACACUCACACAAACAUGCACCGAGUCAUAUUUGACCAUCUCGAUAGUCUGUACCCAGCACCUAAUGGUAUGGUCAAUGGCACCAGUGGGAGAAGUGAAGGGAAGAAUGGAUUCGUCAACGGCGCAUUGGGUGGAACGGGCACAGAUUACUUUUCCAUGUGUUACAAGGAGCAUAUUCCGGAUGAUGUCGAUUUGGUGCUUCUCGAACUGGCCAUCAAUGACCAACUCCUUUUGAGGAACAUCAACUCAUACGAGCAACUCGUCAGAGCUCUUAUGGAAUUACCAGAGGUUCCCGCGAUCAUCAAUAUCCAAAUUUUUGCUCUCAUGUUCCCAGAAAUCGCCCAGGGCGGAGAGAUGCAUGCUGGAGUCUCCCAAUACUAUGAUCUGCCCGUCGUCUCAUUUAGAAACCUCUUACUACCUACCAUCCUGAGGGACAAUACACUGUUGAGGAAAUGGUUUUCUCGGCGUAGUGAUAAAGAGGAGGAGAAUUAUGGCGAGGUUGAUCUAAGACAUGUAAAUAAGAGGGGUCAUAGACUCGCAGGCGAUCUCGUCAAGGCGUACCUUGAUACCCAAAUCUGCGAAGUAGAGAAUCUCGAAAAGCAGCGCGGAUACCUAUCGCUGGACGAUUUCCCGGUCCAACCUCUACCCAGACUGCUUAUCGGCAAAAAGUUUGACCUGGAGGAGACGGUGCCCAAGCUGGAUCCAGUAUGUUAUUCGACUCGAUCGGAGAAAAGUCCACUGGCGCCGCAGGUGAACACUGGAUGGCGAGAAUGGAGCUGGCAGGAAAAGAAAUAUCUCGUUGCUGACGUCCCGGGCGCAACGAUGAAGCUAGAUUUCUUCACUAGGAUUGGCAGACUGGAGGUCUUCUACCUCAGGUCCAAGGCUUACGGAUUGGGAACUGCGGAUUGCUGGGUUGACGAUGACAGGCAGCACGCAAAGAGAAUGGAAGGGUGGUGGGAUCUUCCAUACAACAUUGGCAGGACGGAGCUUAUUGCCGAGGGACUAAGCGAAGGCAAACACGUGCUGACUUGCGAGUUGAGACCGGAGACUAAAGACCCUGGUGGAGGCUUAGAAUUUAGACUGAUCUCGGUCAAUUCAGUGUGAUCAAGUUCGUGCGGACACACACACACACACACACACACACAAACAUAAAUAUGCAUCAUUUUGGG